AAUAAAAUUUAAACAAAUAAUAAAUGAGAAAACAACGUACUGUGGCAGCCAAAAUAAAUUAACCUUUGAUUGGAUUAUAAAUCUUGCUAAAGAAAGAAAAGGAUCAAAAGAUAAUAAAAAUGCCGAGUGAAAUGAUAACUCUUCAACUUGGUCAAUGUGGAAAUCAAAUCGGCUUCGAGUUUUGGAAGCAAUUGUGUAUUGAACAUGGAAUAUCUCCGGAGGGAAUUUUGGAAGAGUUUGCUUCUGCGGGAUCAGAUCGGAAAGAUGUAUUCUUCUAUCAAGCUGACGACGAUCAUUACAUACCUCGCGCUGUUUUGCUCGACUUGGAACCUCGAGUUAUACAUACAAUUAUGAAUUCACCAUAUGCCAAGCUUUAUAAUCCCGAAAAUGUGUAUUUAUCAAAACACGGGGGCGGGGCGGGCAACAACUGGGCAUCAGGAUAUGCACAAGGUGAAAAACUUAAUGAGGAAGUAUUUGAUAUCAUAAAUAGAGAAGCCGAUGGUAGUGAUAAUUUAGAGGGAUUUGUGCUCUGUCAUUCAAUUGCAGGUGGCACAGGUUCUGGAAUGGGAUCUUAUAUAUUGGAACAUUUAUCAGACAGAUUUCCCAAAAAGCUAGUACAGACUUACAGUGUCUUCCCCAAUCUUGAUGAAAUAAGUGAUGUAGUUGUUCAGCCAUAUAACUCAUUACUCACAUUGAAGCGUUUAACGGAGAGUGCGGAUUGUGUUAUGGUACUGGACAAUACGGCUCUCAACCGUAUAGCCAGUGACCGCCUGCAUAUACAGAACCCUUCAUUUGCACAGAUCAACACUUUAGUGUCUACUAUUAUGAGUGCCAGUACUGCUACACUAAGAUAUCCAUCAUACAUGAACAAUGACCUGAUCAGCCUGGUGGCACCUCUGAUCCCCACGCCGCGCCUGCACUUCCUCAUGACCGGGUAUACACCACUCACCGCUGAUCAUGAACUCAACACUGCCCCAAAGAUUCGAAAAACGACAGUACUAGAUGUAAUGCAAAGACUGCUGCAGCCAAAGAAUAUGAUGGUCUCUCUCAGCCCUGAUCGCACAAAUCAGCAUUGCUAUAUAUCUAUACUCAAUAUUAUACAGGGUGAAGUGGACCCAUCACAAGUGCACAAGUCACUGCAGCGUAUUAGGGAACGAAAGUUAGCCUCGUUUAUACCAUGGGGUCCCGCAUCUAUACAAGUGGCGUUGUCGCGACGCUCACCUUAUGUGCACGCCUCACAUAAAGUAUCUGGUUUGUUAUUGGCCAACCACACAAACAUCUCCUCGCUCUUUGACCGAUGUCUCCAACAGUUCGACAAACUGCGCAAGCGUGAAGCAUUCCUCGAGGUGUUCCGCAAAGAGCCCAUGUUCAAGGAGUCAUUGGAAGAGUUCGAUGAAUCGCGCGGCGUGGUCGACGACCUCGUGCAGGAAUACCAGGCUGCUGCCACGCCGGACUAUGUGCAUUGGAACCCUGAGAGCAGUCAAAUAUAACAAAGGCCAUAUACUAGGAAACUCCAUGUGGUGUUAAGGUGUCCCUCGCUGUAAGCAUUCCAAAGGAAAGCGGAACCAAGUGAAAGUUUUACUCAGAGAAUCUCUGUCGUAAUUUUUUUUAUAAGUGCCAUGUAAUAUUGUAAUCUCAGAAACGUAACUUACGCCUAAGAAUCUUCCAUGUCUCAUAUUGUUAACUUGCCUAUUUGCACUAGUUUUCGUUUGUAGGUGUUAAAAAAAAAAAACGAAAAUUUUCUUAUACAAGAAUUUAUUAUAAUUAAAUACAACUAACUCUCAACAUUCCCUUUGCAUAUAUCACUCCCGUGCGUAACACAUUGCGGUUUCUUUGCCACGAGUAAA